AUGCACAUUGGGAUUUUGGAUGAGUAUAGGAAAGAGGAUUGGAGUUCAACGGGGACUCCCGUGAAUAUUAUUGUGGGUUCUCAUGUCUGGAUUGAAGACCCAGAGGUAUCUUGGAUUGAUGGACAGGUAUUAAAAAUCAAUGGAAAGGAUGCUGAAAUUGAAACUACCAAUGGAAAAAAGGUUUGUAGACUGUCAGAGCGCUAUGUACUUGGUUCAGUUAAUGCAAAUUUAUCAAAAAUAUAUCCUAAGGAUAUGGAAGCUCCUCCUGGUGGAGUGGACGAUAUGACUAAACUGUCCUAUUUGCAUGAGCCUGGAGUCUUGCAGAACUUAAAGGCUAGAUAUGAAUUGAAUGAAAUAUACACUUAUACUGGAAAUAUUCUGAUUGCAAUAAAUCCAUUCCAAAGACUACCUCAUAUUUAUGGUGCGCAUAUGAUGACACAAUACAAGGGAGCACCAUUUGGAGAAUUAAGCCCUCAUGUAUUUGCAGUUGCUGAUGUUGCAUAUCGGGCAAUGAUUAAUGAAGGAAAAAGCAAUUCAAUUCUAGUCAGUGGGGAAAGUGGAGCUGGUAAAACUGAAACUACAAAAAUGCUUAUGCAGUAUCUUGCUUUCUUAGGUGGUAGGGCUGGUACUGAAGGACGAACAGUUGAACAACAAGUUCUUGAAUCAAAUCCAGUUCUGGAAGCAUUUGGGAAUGCUAAAACUGUUAGGAAUAACAAUUCUAGUGGAAGAAUAUCGGGAGCAGCCAUCCGAACAUAUCUUCUAGAGAGAUCUCGGGUUUGCCAAAUUAAUGAUCCUGAAAGGAAUUACCAUUGCUUUUAUCUUCUUUGCGCUGCACCACAGGAGUCAAAAUGCUAUGAACUGGCUGAAAUAAGUGAUGCUCGUGAAUAUCUUGCCACCCGGAGAGCUAUGGAUGUUGUUGGAAUAAGUCAAAAAGAUCAGGAAGCCAUUUUCAGAGUUGUUGCUGCAAUUCUUCAUAUUGGUAAUAUUGAAUUUACCAAAGGAAAGGAUGUUGACUCAUCGGUUCCAAAAGAUGACAAAGCCAAAUUCCACCUGAAAACAACUGCUGAGCUUCUCAUGUGUGAUGCUGAUGCCUUGGAAGACGCAUUAUGUAAGCGAGUCAUGAUCACCCCUGAAGAAGUUAUAAAAAGGAGCCUUGACCCCCAAAGUGCUGCUGUGAGUAGAGAUGGAUUGGCAAAAACGAUUUAUUCUCGGCUAUUUGACUGGCUGGUGGACAAGAUUAAUAAUUCAAUUGGACAAGACCCCAAAUCUAAAUCUUUGAUUGGUGUCCUUGAUAUCUAUGGUUUUGAAAGCUUUAAAUCUAACAGGUAA